AUGACCCAGGCCAAUAGUACCGGUUCCAGGCCGCUAUAUUUUAUCCUGCUGGGAAUCCCAGGUCUAGAAAGCUUUUAUCUCUACAUUGCAUUUGUCUUCUUCAUGGUCUACGUGACAUCAGUUAUUGGAAAUGUCGCUCUUCUCUUCAUCAUUAAGAUCGACCGAAGCCUCCACGGGCCCAUGUAUUUGUUUCUGUGCAUGCUGUCCUUCACUGACUUGGUGCUCACCAGCUCCACCACUCCCAAAAUGUUGUCAAUCCUUUGGUUCAACUUCCAUCAGAUUUACUAUGAGGCCUGUCUCACCCAGAUGGUCUUCCUCCACUCGUUUGCCAUAAUAGAAUCAGCUAUACUUCUAGCCAUGGCAUUUGACCGAUACGUCGCCAUCUGCUACCCUCUGAGAUACACCACAAUAUUAACCAAAUGUCUUAUUACCAGUAUCGGCCUGUUGGCUGUCGUCAGAGCGGCCACUUUAAUGGUCCCGUUACCUUUCCUCAUCAAGAGGCUGCCAUUUUGUGCAGCCAAUGUCAUCCAUCACUCCUAUUGUAAGCACAUGGCUGUGGUGAAACUGUCCUGUGCCGACACGACCUUCAACAACAUUUACGGCAUAGUGGUGGCCCUUUUCAUAGUUGGCUUGGACUUGAUGUUCAUAAUAUGGUCCUACAUAUUAAUUAUCCAUGCUGUGUUCCAGUUGUCCUCCAGAGAAGCCCAAAUGAAGGCUCUCGGCACUUGUGCUUCCCAUAUUGGGGCCAUCCUUGUGUUCUACGUUCCUGUUGUCCUUUCAUCGGUGGUCCACAGGUUUGGGAAAAAUGUCCCUAUUCAUAUCCAUAUCUUGCUGGCCAAUGUCUACCUCAUGCUGCCUCCUCUUAUUAACCCCAUCAUCUAUGGCGUGAAAACAAGACAGAUUCGUACGCGGGUAGGGAAGCUUCUGCGGCCCAAAUCAAUGUCCUUCAAAGGUCCUUCAAACUUUUCAUGUUUUUGUUGCAAUUUCCCCCCUCGCCAAAACUGA